UACCCAUAGAGGUCUUCCAUGACGACUGAGGGAAGCACAUUGAGAGUAAUUUUAUUUUGAGGAAGAGAUGCAGCAGGAUCAGAAAGAAAUCCUGGUCUCUCUGGGCAAGGGCUUUAAGGUGGCGGUGAAAAGACAAAAUUUUUAGCUUUUCUGUGCCUUUAAUAAAUUCUUACUGAAUCUGAAAGUUUGGUUGGACCACUGCCUGAGGAUCUGUCUCUUCUCAGGGGUCCUCAGAAAAGAGCAUUAGAAACCUCUGAUUGAGGACGUGCGCGGCCCCGCCUCCAGUCCUUCAGCCCGGCCGCAGUAUCACGGCGCAGCCGCCAGGGGGUGCAGACUCCGGGCCCAUCAGCGAGACUUGGGGCGGGGCCAACUGCGGGGCGGGCCCUAGCACGGCUUCCGGUUUCCGGCGGAGCCAUCGAUCGACGCGCGCAGCCGUCAUGGCAGCGGAGGAGAAGGAUCCUCUGAGCUAUUUCGCGGCUUACGGGAGCAGCAGCUCAGGCUCCUCGGACGAGGAGGAUAACAGCGAGCCGGAGGAGACAAGUCGUAAGGCCUCGGAUCCGGCGAAGUCGGCGGGCGGCUGUGGGAACAAGGCGGAGAAGCGGCUGCCUGGACCCGACGAGCUGUUCCGGAGCGUGACUCGCCCGGCCUUUCUCUACAAUCCGCUCAACAAACAGAUCGACUGGGAGAGGCACGUCGUCAAGGCGCCAGAGGAGCCUCCGAAGGAAUUCAAAAUAUGGAAGUCAAACUAUGUACCACCUCCGGAGACCUACUCUACUGAGAAGAAACCUCCCCCUCCAGAGUUGGAUAUGGCAAUAAAAUGGUCUAACAUAUAUGAGGACAAUGGUGAUGAUGCCCCACAGAAUGCUAAGAAAGCUAGGCUUCUCCCAGAAGGGGAGGAGACAGUGGAAUCAGAUGAUGAAAAAGAAGAGCAUACUUCUAAAAAGCGCAAAAUAGAACCGGGAGAACCAACAAAGAAGAAAAAAUAGAAAACAAAUGACAAGAAUUUUUGGACUGUGAAACUUUGUUGAAAUGAAUUUUUUUGGCAGAUUAAAUUGAUAUUGUAAAUUAUUAUGAAACAACAUCUCCAUGAAAGUAUAUGUUAAUUAACUAAUGAGUUUUGGUGCAGGAACCUUCCACUGUAGAACUCAUUUUUUAUUUAAAACUUAUAUGUAUUUAAAACUCAAAUGGUGACUUGUGAUUGUGAAAUUGACAACACUUGGAAGCAUUCUUGCUACCACAGAAUUGGUGACAUGCUUUGAGUUUCAUCCCAUGUUGACAUGCCAAUGUUCUAUGAACCUUUUAUAAAGGAGUAUAUUUUUAAAGUAAAUAUAUUGUACUGUGAACUUGUAGGGUGCUUUUCAGCAGUGUUUGUACAGUGUAAAUAGAUCAUGGAAAUAAAAUUACCAGUAUUACUAUUACUGCAUAACAUUAACAUUUGAAUAUUUGUGACAAGUACCCUCUUUGCCAUGUGACAUUCUGAUAGUGGGUAUUACCAUUUAGGGAGUGCCUCCUGUGUUCCAAGUGCUUUGUGCAUAUAUUAUCUCUGAUCCUCAGCCUAAUAAAGCAGGUAUUAAUAGCCUCAUUUUAUAAUAGAGAUUAAUUUAUCCACGGUUACACAGCUAAUGAGCAAUGAAUUUGAGAUUUAACUCAGGACACUUGAACUCCAAAAAUAUCAUACUAAACCACCUCUCAGCCAAUCAGAAUUUAGUUAUCUUCGCUCAGGGGGAAAUUCCUCUGCCCUCCUGAUUUCUGUAAUGAUCCAUACGGCCUGAAGACCAUUAAAAACAUUACUGAAGGGCUUCCCUGGUGGCGCAGUAGUUGAGGGUCCGCCUGCCGAUGCAGGGGACACAGGUUUGUGCCCCGGUCCGGGAAGAUCCCACAUGCCGCGGAGCGGCUGGGCCGAUGAGCCAUGGGCGCUGGGCCUGCGCAUCCGGAGCCUGUGCUCCUCAAGGGGAGAGGCCACAACAGUGAGAGGCCCACGUACCGCAAAAAAAAAAAAAAAAUUACUGAAAAAAAAGUCAUAUUUUAGGAACUGUAGUUGCCAUCUCUUCCAGGUACUCUUCUGUGGUAAUCAGUAGAGAUCUUCUCCCCUGAUUAUAUUACUGCACUUAUCAUAUAUGCCUUAUAUUAUGAUCAUUGAUUUCCCUGUUAAAUAGUAAGCUUGCCAAAGAUAAGGAUCUUCUACAAAGAUUUGCUAGAUGUAGCAAAUGAAAUUACAGGAUACCCAGUUAAAUUUGAAUUUUAGAUAAACAACAAAUGAUGUUUUAGUAUAUGUGAUAUUUGAGAAAUACUUAUAGUAAAAAUUUAUUUAUCUGAAAUUCAAAUGUAACUGAGCAUCUUAUAUUUUGUCUGGCAACCCUACGCCUAUGUGUUUUCUCUAUCCAGCUCCUGUUUUAAUGCUUUGCAUGUAGUAAUAAAAUCAACAAGGGGUAUUUAGGAAGAUUGUAAUCUUAGAUUUGACUUCUGCAGUCCAAAAUGCAGUGAAGUUAUUUGUAACAUUUUGAAAGAUAAAAAAGAGCGGUUAUAUACUGCGUCAGUCUUUCCACGAUUCUUACAUGCCUUUAAGAGACAAGAGUUAAUUACAGGACAUUAUUCAGUUUUUUAAAAUCCCCAGUCUGAUUGUUUUCCCCAUGCUGGAAACCAACAUUUGAAAAACUAUAAAAUUUGUUGAGAACAUGAAUCAAGUAGAUUUAAGUUUGUAAAAGUCAUUAAAAGUGUACCAGUCAUAGUGUUUUGUGGAUUGAGGAAGGGACAUGAGUAUGAUGGCUUCCACUGUAUCUUCAACUUACAAAUGCAGUUCUGCAGCUGCUUAUCCUCUAGGUUUACAAGUAUCUGAAUCCCAAAGUUGAAAUAAUUGAUAAAUCAAGAAACUUUUUAAGGUUGAAAUCUUUGUACAUGAAUAAUUGGGAGGGCAGUGGUAUCAUGUACUAGGGAGUGGCAUCAACUGGUAAAGCAUGAGUCCAAUGUGACAAAAAUGGAAAUAUGAGGUUGUGAUUCCCAAAUCUGGAAAAAUCUAUAGUCUGGAUGAAUGCAUUGGUGGAACAGAUAUCUCGGAAGUUACUGAAAUAUUACAAGAUUUAAAAAACUAGCAUGAAAAUGAACCUCAUACAAGAUAAAAAAACACCAGCAAGCCACUGUCUGAAAAUCUUUUUAACUUCUUUUUACCACUCAUUGUUUCAACUCCUAUCUUGUAUCAAUCAGUUUGUGACAGAGAACAAAAGAUCACUAGAUUGGUCUCUAGUGGUGCUUUGAGCCUCUUUUCUAGAAGGUAGCAGAACUGGGAAGGGGAGAAACAAAAUACCACUUUUCCUUGGAGGGGGUAAAUAUUCUGAUAUUUUAAACAGGAAAGGUAGUUGCUACACUUGUGAGAUUAUUAAGCAACUGCUGGAAGAUGUGCACCUAUGUGAGUACAGGUCAAGCCAGUUUUAGGAGUGGGAGAGAGAAUUUAGGAAGAAGGAGGCUAAAUAUUUUGGGGCAGUCUGACUCAGCCAUUUGUAUCUUGGGUUUCUUUUCAAAGUAUGGCCAAGUAACAGAAGGGGAAAUGAACUUGCUUAUGGAUUGCUUCACCUUCUGCAGAAAUAUCCCUGGUUGGAAAAUGGACUUUCAUGUCACUCUACAUCUAUCACCACAUUAGAGAAUGGAUUUUUUUACCCCCUUCAGAGAUGUCCUGGGAACAUGUCUAAGUGUCCAUGUGGGUACUGUAGAUAAGGCGCUGUUUGGUUCAGGUAGUGAAAACCCAGUGGAGAAGGAGCUUCUAAAAAUCCAUGAAGAUUCGGAAAAUCCUCUAUCCAAGUUGCUUCCUUUUUAGAGAAUCAAGUCACUUGAUAUUUCUGAUUGUUUCCUCAUCUUUAAGAUAAGGAAGUUAGGUCGCAUCAGGCAUGAAGGACUUCUUUUGCGCAAAGACAAAAUUUGAGAAAAGAACUAAGCAUUCGUGGGCCAUGUUUUAAAAUUCAAAGUAUAAAUAAUUUUAUAGAGUUUUAUGGAAAACUGGAAUCAAAGAACAUUACUGAGAAAAUUUACCCUGCUUUGUAGCCAUUAAGAUACUAAUAUUACUUGGACUUGCUUCUAAUCUUAACCCUUAAUGCUGUGUAGUGCUUUUGAAUUCACAGAGUUCAAUCAUAUAGUAGUAUUUUAUUUGCCAAAAACCUAAUGGGGUAGGUUUUAUCAUUUCCAAAUUAGAGAAUGGAAAAUAGGCCCAGCAAGAUGAAACAAUACACGGAUACACCAAGAGUUAGCUUCAGAGCUCAGGCUAGAAUCUGCAUCCCGUUCCAUGCAAAAUUUAUGGAGAACCUCUUGGGUGCAAGACAUUAUGAUAAGAACAAAGGACUCAUCUUCAUUUUGGCAAAAUCACAUUGGCGGCCAUGAGGAGGAUGUAUAUGUAGGUUACUAGUCGAGUCAGAAAGACUGGUUGCUGUAGUCUAAAUAGAGUGAUAAGUGUCUGAGUGAACUAAGGCAUUGGAGAAGAGACACUGAUUUAAGAAACGGAUAGUGCUUAGUUGGAUAUAAUGGCUGAGAGUGAGGUUUCCUUUUAUUGCAAACUAUGUACUUUUAAUUAAAAUAUGAAUGUAGCAAUGCAGGUUUGGACAUGACCUACAUGUAAAACAUAUUGCCAUACAAUUCAGUUAGAAACAAAGCCCCACUGGGGAUAUUUGAAAAUGUAAUUAUUUUUAUAGGUAUCUGAGUGAACCCAGCAACUUUGAUAAGUUAAAAACGGUGACAUUUAAAUCCACACUGGGCUUUAAAACAUAUCAUUGGUGGUAUUUUGGAUUUUAGCGUUUCAUAUCCAUAGUGAACUGCUUUCAUACCUCCAUUAUCACUUAGUGCAGAAGUUCAGACAUUCCAACAAAAAGGCGUUAUGCUCCCAGCAAAUGUUUUGAACUUUGCAUAGCACUCUGAAGUUCUCUCUCUUUAUCUCCCUCUACACAGUUUUCCUAAUUUCAGGUAUCGCAUUUGCAUUUUAAUGCAAAAAGAGAGAGAGAUAACAAGAAGCAUUUGUAUGUACAGUCCGAAGAGGAGGGAUUUUGCCUGUUUUGUUCAUUGACUAGAACAGUGCCAGCACAUAGUAGCACUCAAUAUAACUGCGAAGUGUUGAUGGUAAGAAUUCCUCACCCGGGCUUAUGGGUGAUCCUCUCGAGGCUUGUGUUUUCAGUUGUAUGGGCCAAUAAAUCUUGAGAAUUUAAACCAG